CCUUUCCACUCCCUCUGGUCGAUCUUUUCUCCUCCUCUUUGUGGAAGCACAACCAACGCUUUAUUUCCGGGGCUUCACCACCGAGCUUUCCCCUGAGUAGAAGGCCAAUUUCUGCAACGGAACUUUUUGGAGCAAGGAGAAAUGUUGUAGAGCUCUUAAAAUUUUGAGUUUGGCGAUUAAUGGUGGUCUCUGCUUGGUUGUGGCAUAUAAUUUCUUGAUUGGUGGCUUUAUUUACUGGAUUUUGAACUUUUUGUAAGUUGGGAAAGUUUCAUUUAUUCGUGUGCACAGUUUUCUGAUUAGUGGAACGUUUCUUUUGGUUGUGGCAUAGAAUUUGGGAUUUAUGAAGUGAAAUUUGGAUAUUGGAUUAAAAUGGCAAAACAUGUUAAUGCCGUUUUUCUUGAGGAUUGGCUAAAGGGUAUUAGUGGGUAUGGUAGUAGUAAUACUUUUAGCUCCAAAAACUCCAUAGCUUCAUCAGCUAGAGGAAUCAUUCAAUCAUGGGCUGAGCUUAGAGACUCCUUGAAAAACGAGUCAUUCCAUUCCCACCACCUCCAAGCUUUGAAGUCCCUUGUUAGCUCUCAAGCUUCACUUCAUGUUGCGGAUCCACAAGCAAAGCUUGUCCUUUCUAUUGUUUCCUCUCCAAAACUCUCCCUCCCUCAUGAAUCCUACCCUCUUUUGCUUAGGCUUCUCUACAUAUGGGUCAGGAAAUCGACAAGACCCUCUUCAGCUCUCAUCGAUUCCGCUGUGGAGAUAAUUUCUCAUAAUUUAUCUGCUUUAUUUGAUCAUAACAAUAGCCCUUACCUGUUUUCAGAAGCCGUGUUGCUUUUGGGUUCUCUUGCUUUUGUGCGCUCGGUGUCUGAAAGCUCCAAAAGAGUUUGUUUGGAGUUAUUGUGCAGGCUGUUGGAAGAGAAGUAUGCACUUAUGGGCUCAUUUGAAGGGAUUGUUCCUGAUGUGCUAGCAGGAAUUGGGUAUGCUCUAUCUUCUUCUUUGAGUUUUCAUUAUGUCAGAACUUUGGCAUUUUUGUUGGGAGUUUGGGGUGAGGUAGAUGGGCCUCGAGGCAGUCUUUCUCAUGGCCUUAUGAUUCUGCAUCUGGUUGAGUGGGUAAUGUCUCAUUUGUUUGAUUUUCGCUCACUGGAUAAUGUUACUGUUUUUUCCCGUGAGGCUUUGGAAGCCAUGAAGGAAAAAUAUGUUCCAUUUGCUCUUGUUAUGGCUGCAGCUGGAGUAUUGAGGGCUUUGAAUAAGUCUGCAGCCAGUGGCCAGCGGAUGGAUAUACUAUCAAGGCUAAGAAUUUCUGCAGAGGAUCGGAUCGAGUCUGUGGCGAGGUCUUUGAUUUCCGUACCAAGUGAUUUUGCCAAUUCAGGAAAAGAUCUUACAGUCAGCCUUUGCCUACAGUGUCUCUCAUUGGCGUUGGCACGAUGUGGACCAGUGUCUCCUCGUUCUCCUUUUUUUAUAUGCCUUGCUUCUGCGUUAUUGACUGAAAUCUGUCCAUUAAGACAGUUUUAUGCAAAAGUGCUUGAAUCCUUGCAUGUCAAUUCAGGUGGACUAUUGCAUAAGGAGCUUAAACAACACCUGGAAAGUGUCCCUUUUAAGGAAGCUGGGACCAUAACUAGUGUUCUGUGCAAUCAGUAUGUCUCAGCGAAUGAAGAGAGCCAAAAUAUAGUCGAGAAUCUUAUGUGGAAUUACUGUCAUCAUAUUUAUGCAGAGCAUCGAAAAGUGGCUUUGGCACUUCGAGGUGAAAAGGAUGAGUUACUUGUGGAUUUGGAGAGAAUUGCUGAAUCUGCUUUCCUUAUGGUUGUAGUUUUUGCAUUGGCAGUCACGAAACACAAAUUUAACUCAAAAUUGAACGAGGAAACUAAAAUGGACUUAUCGGUUCAAAUACUGGUUGCAUUUUCUUGUUUGGAGUACUUCCGACGCAUCCGUUUGCCUGAGUAUAUGGAUACAAUUCGAGUUGUUGUUGUAAGCAUUCAAGAGAAUGAUUCUGCUUGUGUCUCAUUUGUAGAAUCCAUGCCCACUUACAUUGAUUUAACAAAGGGUCCUGACCUCACUCUCCAGCGUAAAACGGAGUACAUAUGGUGCAAAGAUGAGGUUCAAACUGCACGGAUUCUUUUCUACCUGCGAGUAAUUGCUACUUGCAUUGAGCGUUUGCCUAGCCCUGUAUUCGGGAAGGCAGUUGCUCCAACUAUGUUCUUAUAUUUGGGACAUCCCAAUGGAAAAGUGGCUCGAGCCUCGCAUUCUCUGUUUGUCUCAUUCGUAUCUUCGGGGAAGAAUUCUGAUCAAGAGGAAAAAAUGCAAAGAUCAUUAAUGGGAUAUCCUGACAUUACUCCUUUUGAGGGUAUGGCUUCCGGAGUUGGGGCCUUGGCUCGACAUCUUCCUGCCGGAAGCCCGGCCAUAUUUUAUUGUAUCCAUUCACUUGUUGAAAAAGCUAAAAAAUUAUGCAUAGAAGACAUCGCUCAGGAGACUCAUACGAGGAAGAAUUGGCAAGGAGAGUUAGAGGCUUGCAAGAAACUUCUGGAUUUGCUUCUACGGCUUAUUUCCCUGGUUGACAUACAGGUACUGCCAGACUUGAUGAAGUUGUUGGCACAGCUGAUUGUGCAGCUACCAAAAGAUGGCCAGAAUAUGGUUCUGAAUGACUUGUAUUCGCUAGUUGCAGAAUCCGAUGAUGUUACUCGCAAGCCCACAUUAGUUUCAUGGUUACAAUCGUUGUCUUACCUUUGUUUCCAAUCUAGCACGGAAAAUUUGACCUCGAAAAGGAAGGAAAAUGGAGAAAAGAUUAGUUAUGUGCAGAGAAAGGAUCAAGUGACCCAUAAUAUCUUAAAUGCUCGACUGUGAAGAAAAGAGGUGCAGUUGUUGGAUUUCUCACCUUUGGAAUACAUAUAUAGGUCUUUUCCCCCCUUUCUUGCAGCUUAGGUUUAUUAGUCACUUUUAUCCACUAGAUUCAGAAUAAAAAUUCUAGAAAUUAAGUUGUUAUGCAUAUCUCUUCAUAAAUGCAAUGAUUCGACUAACUAUUGGCUAGUUGUCGCAUCUUUUUUUCUCAACAAUGUCAUUGUCAUUUGAUCCAGCAAUCUUCUGUCCGCUAGGAAUGACUUUGAUAAUAAUGAUAACUCUCAGAUGGAGUAUUAGAACGGAUUUGCAUCGUUUUGGACUCGGAUUCCACCCACGAUAAUUACGUACAGCUUCUAAGGGACCGUGGCCAGUGUAAUUACACUCACAAUCUGAUUGCACUGAAUCAACCACCAUCGACCACCAAGGGUACUUCUAUUUAGACCCUACAACCAGAGUAGGCGACGGUUCACCUAGCUAAGACGAACAAGGGAUCUGUUCAAUCACCACCGCCGCGUCUCGUGUGGCCGGACGCCUUUAGAAGCCACCAACUUUGAGGAAGUCAUGAGCUGGAACCAGCCCCACUUCUUUUGCACAGGGAAGAGAAGGGACAGAAGGGGACUUUUGUUAAGAACGA